AUGCUCGUCCGGAGCCUGCUGCUGUGCCUGUGCCUGCCCGCCGGCCUCCACGCCAGCACCGCCAGCACGCCGAGACCGUCCACCGCCAGCUCGCCGAGGCCCCCUGUCGCCGAGAAACGUCCCCGCAGCAACGCCGGCGCCGCCGCGCGGCUCCACGACCCAGACGCCGAGUGCGGGCUGAGUCUGCUGUCGCGGCGCCGGCCGCGGUCGCUGUGGCCGCCCUCGGCGUGGACGCAGUCGCAGGGCUCCCAGGGCCGCAUCGUCAACGGCAAGGAGAGCCGGCAGGGGGCCUGGCCCUGGCAGGCGUCCCUGCAGGUGCUCCACCCCCGACUGGGGCUCAUCGGCCACUGGUGCGGCGGCGUGCUGGUCCGCGACCGCUGGGUCGUCACGGCGGCGCACUGCAUCCACAAUGACGUCUUCAGCUUGCCCAUCCCCGCCCUGUGGACGGCCGUCCUGGGCGACUGGGACCGCGAGGUGGAGGAGCACACCGAGGUGCGCGUGCCCGUGGAGCGCAUCGUGGUGCACACCAAGUUCCACUCGUACAACAACGACAUCGCGUUGCUGAAGCUGUCCCGGCGAGUGCGUGUGUCCGGCGAGGCGCGCGUGCGGCCCCUCUGCCUGCCGCCCGCGCCCUACGACGCGUCCAGCGCGCCGCCCGCGCCGCCCGCGCCCGGCGAGAGCGCGCCGCUGUGCAUGGCCACGGGCUGGGGCCGGCAGUCGGCCUCGGGGGACGAGACGUCCACGCUGCUGCAGGCCGCCGUGCCGCUGCACAACAACACGCUGUGCGCCAAGCGCUACGGCGGCGGCGUGCGCAUCGGCCAGGGCCACCUGUGCGCCGGACACCUGGACGGCUCCACCGGCACCUGCGUGGGCGACUCCGGCGGCCCACUGCAGUGCCUGGGUAACGACGGCCGCUGGUUCCUGGCCGGCAUCACCUCGUUCGGGUCGGGCUGCGCGCGCCCGGGCUUCCCCGACGUGUACACCAGGACGGCGCACUACCAGGCCUGGAUCCGGGACACGCUGGACAGCGACAAGGACGACGACCAGGAGGAGGAGGAAGAGGAGGAGGGUGUGGACGAGGAGGAGGACGAGGACCAGGACCUCGCGGACUAUUAGCGCGGGGCCCGAGCCGAGGGGAUCGUAUUCCCGGCGAAGCAGUGGCACGCCGUCGCACGGGGCUGGCUGUCUGGCUGCCCCGCUUGUUUGCCACCACCUGUGGAGGCCUCUAUGGGCGUGGCGGAUGGCGGCACCGCGGCGCACCGCGUUCUGUUCGGUAAUGCUCGGCGUGACAAGGACUGAUGGCGGCCUGUGGCGGCCCUGCCUCGCCCUGCGGGUUUCAAUCUGAGCGGCAGCGCCUCUGCGACGCAAGCGACGCCACCCCCUCCAGCGCCACGCCGCCGUGCCGCAUCGGGAAUUCAUCAGGUGCACGGAAGCCGGAGCCAAGACAGGCCUUUUGCCGCAGGCAACUCGCUGCGUGGGUCCUGGGGCGUCCUGGGGCGCACACGCGCACACUCCUGAAAAAGUAAGUCAUAUCGACCGAAUCCGCGAGUUUGACUGAUUCGCGCUCAUUAUGAGUCGAUUUCGAGGUUCUCUGGAAACUGGAGUCGAUUAAAAGUUAUUUACUUUUUGACAGUGCGCAGCCCCGGGGAAGUCUAUUUUUCUGUUUUGUCCAAGAGGGACGAAAUUCUACUUGUGAUACUUCUUUAUUUAUUGUUUAGCUGUUUACGUGUUGCUUAAAUUAUUAAUAAAACUUGUUUAUUUUUGUGUCGA